CUCCAUCCAUGGCUGUGCUGGGCUGCGCGAGGCUGAGAUGGGUGCCGUUGGGGAAGCGGGUGGUCGGCUGUGGUCUCUGCCCACACAGGGCCAGAGCCAAGACCGCGAUCCAAAACCGCGUUGCCCACACGGGGCCAGAGCUAAGACCGCAAUCGCACGAAGGCGCCCCGGGUCCGAGAGCUGGGCAGUGGCGCAGCCUGGAAGAGAUUCCGAAGUUAGGGCAGCUGCGCUUCUUAUUCCAGAUGUUCGUGCAAGGAUACGUUCUGCAAAUGCACAAGCUCCAGAUACUCCACAAGGCCAGGUUUGGUCCAAUGUGGAUAACUUCCACGGGGACUCAGAAGAUGGUGAACUUGGCCAGUGCCCCGCUCGUGGAGAUGGUGAUGCGGCAGGAGAGCAAGCAUCCUAUGCGGGCCGACAUGCGGCUGUGGAAGGAGCACCGGGACCAGCGUGGCUUCAGUUAUGGGCUCUUCACCACAGAAGGUCACAAUUGGUACCGCAAGCGCCAGGCUCUGAACCAGCAUUUGUUGAAGCCAGCUGAUGCUGCACUCUAUGCCAAUGCCUUAAAUGAAGUGGUGGACAGCUUUAUAGUGCGAUUGGACCAGGUGCGGGCUGAGAGCGCCUCUGGGGACCAGGUGGCUGACAUGGCUGAAUUUCUCUGCUACUUUGCCUUAGAAGCUAUCUGCUACAUCCUGUUUGAAAAACGUAUCGGCUGCUUGGAAGCAUCCAUCCCGGAGGAGACAGUGAACUUCAUCAGAUCUGUGGGGCUCAUGUUCAAGAACUUACUCUAUGCCACUUUCCUCCCCACGUGGACCCGUCCCCUGUUGCCCUUCUGGAAGCGAUACUUGGAUGGCUGGGACAGCAUCUUUUUCUUUGGGAAGAAGCUGGUGGAUCAGAAACUUGAGGAGGUGAAGGCCCAGCUCCACGUAGCGGGACCAGGUGGGGUCCAGGUCUCUGGCUACCUCUACUCCCUGCUGACCAAUGGACAACUCAGUCCCCAGGAGGUCCUGGGCAGCCUGCCUGAGCUUGUCUUGGCCGGAAUGGACACGACAUCCAACACACUCUUGUGGGCCCUGUACCACCUUUCAAAGAAUCCAGAGAUCCAGGAGGCCUUGCACAAGGAGGUGGUGAGUGUGGUGGCAGCUGGACAGGUGCCCCAGCAUAAGGACUUUGCUCACAUGCCCCUGCUCAAGGCGAUACUGAAAGAGACCCUACGCCUCUACCCCGUGGUCCCUGCCAACUCCCGUGUCAUGGUGGACAAGGAGACUCGAGUCGGUGACUUCCUCUUCCCAAAGAACACCAUGUUUGUGUUCUGCCACUAUGUCACGUCCCGAGAUCCCAGCAUCUUCUCUGAGCCAGACACCUUCCAACCCCAUCGCUGGCUGAGGAAAGGCCAGCCUGAGAUCUCUAGGAUUCAGCACCCAUUUGGCUCUGUGCCCUUUGGCUAUGGGGUACGGGGCUGCCUGGGCCGCAGGAUUGCUGAGCUGGAGAUGGAACUGCUGUUGGCCAGGCUGGUCCAGCGGUACAAGCUGAUGCUAGCUCCCAAGAUUGGGGAGGUGCACAGCCAGGCUCGCAUCAUCCUGGUUCCCAACAAGAAGGUGGGCCUGCGCUUCCUGCCUAGGCAGUGCUGACCUGGGCCCUGUGUGCUGGGCCUUGCUCCAGGACCUGGCACUGCAGUGCCUGCCAUGUCUCAGGUGAGGAGAGAGAGAAGGGACCGUGUCCCUUCGCACAGAAACCUGAGCAUUGGCCACAACAGUGGUUGUCAGUAGCUGUCACUCAGAUCCAAGGUCCCUCCCACAUCAACUUACUGUCCUUGGGCCCCAUAUAAAAUAAAGGACUUUUACUCAUGACUGGA